AUGUUUUCUGGUGAAGACUGGAAUUCUAGUGAGCUUCUGAAUGGCUCUUUCAGAAACUCUUCUAUGGAGGAUUCGGAGGACGGGGAGCACCCGUUCCUGACAGAUGCAUGGCUUGUGCCGCUCUUUUUCUCUCUCAUCAUGCUAGUGGGGCUGAUCGGAAACUCACUGGUGAUUUAUGUCAUCUCCAAACACAGACAGAUGAGGACGGCUACUAACUUUUACAUAGCUAACUUGGCUGCCACCGACAUCAUUUUUCUGCUGUGCUGUGUGCCGUUCACCGCCACCCUCUACCCUCUGCCCGGCUGGAUAUUUGGGGACUUCAUGUGCAAAUUUGUUGCUUUUCUUCAACAGGUGACGGUACAGGCGACGUGCAUCACUCUCACGGCCAUGAGUGGAGACCGAUGUUAUGUGACUGUGUAUCCUCUCAAAUCCCUGCACCAUCGCACCCCUCGUGUUGCUAUGAUUGUUAGCAUAUGCAUAUGGAUUGGUUCCUUCAUUCUUUCCAUACCGAUCUUCCUGUACCAGAGGCUGGAAGACGGCUAUUGGUAUGGACCAAGAAAAUACUGCAUGGAAAGGUUUCCAUCAAAGACCCAUGAGAAAGCUUUCAUCCUCUAUCAGUUCAUAGCUGUGUAUCUACUGCCUGUCAUUACCAUCUCUUUCUGUUAUUCCUUCAUGUUGAAAAGAGUGGGACAGGCUUCGGUGGAACCAGUGGAUAACAACCAUCAGGUCCAUCUUCUCUCAGAGAGAACCAUCUCCAUCCGGAGCAAGAUAUCCAAAAUGGUAGUGGUCAUAGUUGUCCUCUUCACCAUCUGCUGGGGCCCCAUUCAGAUCUUUGUUCUGUUCCAAUCCUUCUAUCCUAACUUCAAGGCCAACUACGCAACAUAUAAGAUCAAAACGUGGGCCAACUGCAUGUCCUAUGCCAAUUCCUCUAUCAACCCCAUUGUCUACGGCUUUAUGGGCGCCAGCUUCCGCAAGUCUUUCAGGAAGACCUUUCCCUUCCUCUUCAGACACAAAGUGCGGGACAGCAGCGUGGCCUCCCGCACGGCCAAUGCAGAAAUCAAAUUUGUAGCCACAGAGGAAAGCAACACUGAGAGGAAAUGA